AUGUCUGAACAUUCGUCAGUGACGUUAGCCGAGUUUGUGCAUUCGGACGGAACAAGAGUGACUGACAAGAUCGUCGGAGUGGGUGGAACUGGCAUUGUGAUUCAGAAGGGCCACCUGGCCCCCAAAGAGGGCGAAUAUGACCUACUGGCUGAUCUUGUCGGCUCAUUGGAGCGCGAGCGCGCCAUCUACAAACGACUCGGCAGUCACCCUAGCAUCAUGCGAUGCUAUAACUUAUCCUCGGCUGAUCCUUCGAUUCAAAUGGAUCUUAUCGUGAAUGGUGAUCUUCGACAUUACUUGGCCGCGCUCAAAACACCCUCGGGAAAAAAGACGCAACUGUCCUGGAUUAUCAACAUGGCACAGACACUGGCAUAUAUCCAUCAGCGACGUGUUAUAGUCGCCGAUAUCCGCUUGGACAAUCUGUUGGUUGAUGACCAAUUAGCCAUCAAGUUCACUGAUUUCGGAAAAUCAACACUAAUGCCCCUUCACUGGGACCUUCAAGGCGAUGACGGGGAUGGCUAUUCAAUUUUGACCGAUAUCGGGCAAUUUGGCGUAAUCAUGUUUGAGAUUGUAACCGGUCAACGUUGCAAAUUCGAUCCCGUGCAGGACCGGAAGAUGUAG